UUUGGUUACAUCUGAGAGUUGCAUCCUCUUAACUUCUUUCCGCAAGCUUCUCUUGCUACGCCCCUGCCCAUAAUCCCACCUUCACCUAGCCGCCUUUCCGUCUCCACACAUCUCCGGUUCUCCGCUUCCUCUUCGCACAUCUCCGGUUCUCCGCUUCCCUUCUCUCUCUUUCCUUUUUCUUUUGAAGAGAUAAAAGUCUCGUCUUUGGCUCACGUGAACCAUGGGAGGCCGCGACGACCCCGAUCGCCGACUCUAAUCCUGGAGAAAGGAGGGAUCUUGGGAGCAAAAGGGACCGAGGGAUCGCUUUCAUUAUUUCCUCGCCGGGUUCUCUUCUCCUUUUCUUGCCCUUUUGUUGGUGGUUUCGUGGAUGGUGGCGAUGGAGGAAAACAUGGAGAACUGCGGCAGUCGGGCGGCAGACGCGUCCCCGGCGGCACAGCCGCGACCGCAGCAGAAGCAGCGGCACAAGCUGGACGUCUACAACGAAGUGCUCCGCCGCCUCAGGGAGGCCGGGCGGCCUGAGGCGCUGUCGCCAUCCUUUGAGGACGAGCUCUGGGCCCACUUCAAUCGCCUUCCGGCACGCUAUGCGAUCGAUGUGAAUGUGGAGAGGGCAGAAGAUGUUCUCACGCAUAAGAAAUUGUUGGAGCAGGCACGUGAUCCUGCCCAUAGGCCCGCCUUUGCAGUCCGAUUAGUUCAGGUGUCUCCGGUCCUUGAUGGCAGGCAAGUUGAUUCUUUUGAUUCCAACAAACCAGGGGAGGAAGAUGCUCAAUCUACUUCAAAUUACUUAAGUAGGCAAAGCAGUCACCCUCCUCCAGCCUUUGGCUCAUCAGCGAAUCUAGAGGCACUUGCCCUUGAAGCCAGCAAGCAAUAUGUUCAAGAUGGAGAUAGUGCUACAAACACCUUUGCAUGCUUUACCAGGCCCAUGCAUGAAAUUACCUUUUCAACUGAUGACAAGCCAAAGCUUCUCAGUCAGCUGACUAUAUUGCUUGGUGAGGUUGGCCUUAACAUCCAAGAAGCACAUGCAUUUUCAACAAAUGAUGGCUACUCAUUAGAUGUCUUUGUUGUUGAUGGCUGGCAUUCUGAGGAAACAGAGCAGCUUAGGGAUGCAUUACGGAAGGAGAUUCAUAAGAUCGAGAAGCAAGUAUUGUCAAAGACUCAAUCAUGGUCUCCUAUACUGGAAAAUGCACAAACUGUGGAGGUGUCUCUACCUGACCAUGUCCAAAUACCUAUGGAUGGGACUGAUGUAUGGGAAAUUGAUUUCAGACUGCUGAAGUUUGGAAAUAAAGUGGCAUCUGGAUCAUAUGGCGAUCUUUACCGGGGAACAUACUGUAGUCAGGAUGUUGCUAUUAAAGUACUCAAGCCCGAGCGCACAAAUGCAGAUAUGCUGAGAGAAUUUGCACAGGAAGUCUAUAUUAUGAGAAAAGUUCGCCACAAGAAUAUUGUGCAGUUUAUUGGUGCAUGUACCAGGCCUCCUAGCCUAUGUAUUGUUACAGAGUUUAUGUCAGGUGGAAGUGUAUAUGACUUUCUUCAUAAACAGAAGGGUGUUUUUAAGCUUCCGGCAUUGCUCAGAGUAGCAAUUGAUAUAUCCAAGGGAAUGGACUACUUGCACCAAAAUAAUAUUAUCCAUAGGGAUCUAAAAGCUGCCAAUCUUCUGAUGGAUGAAAAUGAGGUUGUCAAGGUUGCAGAUUUUGGUGUUGCUCGUGUUAAAUCUCAAUCUGGAGUUAUGACUGCUGAAACAGGAACAUAUCGUUGGAUGGCACCUGAGGUCAUAGAACAUAAGCCCUAUGAUCACAAGGCUGAUGUUUUUAGCUUCGGAAUUGUGCUUUGGGAGCUGCUCACAGGAAAGAUUCCAUAUGAAUACCUUACACCAUUACAGGCAGCAGUAGCUGUGGUUCAAAAGGGCCUGAGACCUACAAUACCAAAACAUACUCAUCCUAAGGUUGCUGGACUGCUCGAGAAAUGCUGGCAGCAAGACCCGGCUCAAAGGCCAGACUUUUCAGAAAUACUGGAGAAACUCCAGCUUAUAGCCAAGGAGGUCGGUGAUGAACAUGAGGACCGUCGCAAGGAAAAGUCAUCAGAGGUGCGGUCCCCAUCCACUGCCAUCACCUCCUCUGAUGGAGUCAUUGGAAGCCCCAUCUCCCUAUUCACCGCCUCUUCCAUGAUGAAGAAGUUCAAUUCUCAGUCACUCGUCGCCACUGCUGUUGAGAGGGAGAAGAAUGGCCUCCAUCAUCAUAGCGCCCACUUUGAACCUGCGGCAGCGAUCGCCAAAGCUGCCCAACUUGCCGAGGAGGAGGACCCCAUGCUCGUAGAUCGGGAGGAUCUCAAGGCCGGUGCAUCCACUGGCAUCACCUUCUCCGACGUCAAUGCUACUAUGCGCUAUGUCGCACAUUAUGGAAUGUGGUCCUGAUCAUCCUGCUGGACUUUGCGCGCAGAUGUUGAUACUUCGGCAGCACCCAGCCACCUGUUUUUGUGGACAGAAUUCUACAAGUUUAUUAUGGCUUACUGUGAAUUGAA